AUGGACCAUAUCCCGUCACUACCGGCAUCGCACAAUGGCAAUACGGAGCUCCUGGUCUGGGUAGACCCCUUCACAGGUUUUGUGAUCGCGAAGGCAAGCGCGUCUCGAACGGCCCAAACCAUCGCGGAAUCGUACGAGGAAGCUGUCUUCAGACGAUUUGGCGCCAGCGAAGCGAUUCGUCACGACCGCGAGCCCGGUUUCAUGGCCUUCAACAAGCUGAUGGGCCAGCGGCAACGCGCGACGCUUGCGUACCGUCCGCAAGCGAACGGAGCGGCAGAACGCAUGGUGCACACCAUUACGAGGGCCAUCAAGAUGUACAUUGCCGAUAUAGGUCAACGCGACUGGGACCAAUACGCGGAACGACUUACGUACGCGCUUAACACAGCUCACGAUCGAACGAGGAACGAGACCCCGUUUUUCCUUGUGCACGGCUGGGAUCCACGGUCCACGUUGGAAGCGACGCUAGCCGUAGGAAACACUUCGCAUCAGGACGCAGACGCUCGUCGGUGGAGGAUGCGCAUUCAACGCCACUACCAGAUAGCCCGCGCCCAAUCCGUGGAACUGGUCCGCGAGGCAGCGGACACGAGAGCGCACGCGACGGAGCACGCGAUAGAACGGGGCUCGCGA